AUGAAACUUAAGAAAGAUAUGAUUUGCUCUUUGGAUAAUUUGUCUGAAGAUCAGUUGGGGUCCAUAGCCAAAUUUAUUCAAGAAACGAAUAGCGACGUACAAAUAAACAAACCGAAACCAUUGUUGCAAUUACACAUCCAGGAUAUCAUUAAGGCUUCACAUGAUAUUCAAACAUUGGGUCUAAUAAUCGGAGGACAGGAUGGCAAGCUAGAGCGAUGGUUUGAAUCCAUUCACAUAAUCCUUACUAAUUAUUACUCAGAGCUGAAGCAAGAGGAACGUCGCUUGAAUCAGGAAUUCAUAAAGUCACUAGACACGAUAGCCAAGAUCUUUCAAGUUUUGAAGAAUUACCAAAAGGAGGCACAGGAUGGCUCCCUACUGAGCUGCAGGGUUCAAAAACUGAUCGACGACUACCGACAAAAUGAAUUUGUAAAUCUGGCGCAGUAUUGUAACGAGGCAGAACCAAUGUCCCAAGUUAAUAGAGAGGUCGAAAAUGGAAUUCUCAAACUGAAACCGAUGCUUGUGGAGAAGAUUGUGGGGAUUUCAAAAGAGAUAAGAGGUUUUUACUCAAGGUUGGAGAUUGUGGACGAAUAUGAUAAUCCAAAAUUCCUUGAGCAACUUCCAUCCCCAGAAGAAAGCCAGAAGUACUCUACCAUAGAGGAAGUCGAUGAUAUCAAAGGUAUCAUGUCUACCAAUUUCAGUCGCUCAAGCCCCGCGCUCGAAGAGAAGAUAAAGAGAGAAAAGCAGAAGCUAGAAAAGUUUAUCAGCCAGAAGUGUUCUUUGAUGAGAAAUACCAUGGACAAAUUGAGAAUGCUUGAGAAUGAGUUAGAGAGAACAGUUGACUUAGAUCUUCAGCAUUAUUGCGAUGAAGAGUUGAUACAGCAUAUCGGUAUCAAAAAAGCGAGCUUUGAACAAUACAAUAAUAAACUGAAAGUCCUUUUAGAAGAAAAAAGCAAUAGGGAACGACAGCUUAAAGAUUUGAUGGAAAGACUGGAAGAUUUGUGGGCUGUCUUGAGACCGAAAGAUAACUCCAUUCAGGAGUUUUUGAAAGUGAACCGAAACAUAAAGCGCGCGUCAAUCAGUAAUUUUGAAGCUCUUGUGGAAGAGCUAGAACAGGAGAAAAGGGAGAACAUUUCAAAAUUCAUUCAAACAAGCCGUAUGAGGAUUCUUGGGUACUGGGAUCUCCUGAUGUACGAUGAGGAAGACCGCUUAAAGUUUGAAGCGUUUUACGACGAAAACCCUGACAAUUUUGACGAGGACUUGCUUGAUCGACAUAAUCAAGAAAUUGCGAAAUUAAGAGCAGAGGUUGAUAAACUCAAGCCUCUUCUUGAAUCGAUUACCAAAUUAGAUGACCUUCUCAAAGAAAAAAGCUAUCUGGAUGAAGCUGUUAAGGAUCCAAAUCGGCUUCUGAAAAGAGAUUCAUUCAAAAUAUUGAGGCAUGAAGAAAAGAUAAGGGAGAAGCUAGCUAGACAAUUACCAUCGACUAUCCGAGAUUUAAAACUGCAGCUAAACAGCUUUGAGAUCGAAAAAGGCCGCGCAUUCAAAGUAAAUGGAGAACCAUAUAUCUCAAGGUUGGAGGAGAUUGAAUCAGAACUUGGUCGAAAACGUAGUUUUCGAAAGUCGCCCAUCAAGACCCUGCCUGCCAACAGCUCUAGCAGAGUAUGUAAGCGGGAACCAACGAAAACUGCCACACGGAAAAGAAACCAUCUCAGCAUGCAAUCGAGAUUGCCUUCAACUGUUCAGCGGUUAUCGCAAUCAGUGAAUUCAAACACCUAUAAAUCACCAGCAAGUUUCGGAUCCGUUAUCAGGAGACAGAACACUGAGAGUAUGACAAAUCCAUUCAACUCUAGGGAAAGUUCUCCUUUGAGGAAAACCGUUCAUUCUCGCCAGCAUGCGAAAGCUUCACAACUACAGGACAUAACACCAGAUUUAAGAUUUAUGUCUCCGAUUGAACCUCCAGUAUUCUCCAAUCCUGCCGACCCAUCAUUAGUCAGAUCAGUUUGUUUCAUGUCAGGUUCGACCAUAUCCAACAAGCCAAUUGUAAUCAAGGGUGGAUCUCCCAUCAGGCAAAAUUCUGAAUCCGAACUACACACUCGCUCACAUUUGAAAAUGCCGAGUUUAUCUCCACCCACACGAGUCCCACCUUCAAACGCAAUUCUUCAAGGGCCAGCUGAAAGCACUAGUCUUAAGCCAUUGAAUUGUCAGCUCAAGGCUUCCUCCCCAUCGUCAUCUUUGAUUCAAGACCGCGUUAAUGGAAGCAUAGUAAGACCUUCCGACAGCCCUAAUACAUCAAACGCUAUACCUGUUGCUGAACUAAGCGACUCGAUGAUUGAUUACAGUGAAGAAGUCAAAGAGAACGUUAGCCCCAGGUCUUACAAAGCACAUGGAAAAGCUCAGCAAAUGUUCUUGAAUGACGUUUCCAUGAACUGGGAUACCGAAACAUUUUAG